CCGUGUAGAAUCUAACCGACUAUUAUUAUGCUGUUCUUUUUAUUCUUGCAUGUAGGGAAAAUAGUAAUUUUCAUUCUCUCGACUUUUAUGUAAAUAACUAUUCUAUUCGGAAAAGAUGUCUACGAUGGAGAUUCGCGAAAGGAUAUCCGUUACGUUGCGUGAUACAAUAUUUGGACCCCAAGUCAUUAUUUAUUUCAAAACAGGAGACUUAUCAAACAACCUCCGUAGAUAAAGGAUGUAUCCAUUUAUUUAUUAUUACAAAAUACUAAAUUCAUAUCUACUUUCUUAGCUUCAAACGGAGGCAAAAUUUUAGGAAGUUUGAACUAAUUGAUAUAGCGUACUUGAUUAGUAGAGUCCAAUUACAGCAAAAAUCUGAGACAAAAAACUUGGGUCUUAUCGGGGUCAAAUCCCAGAUUUAGGUCCCACAUAAAUCAACUAAUUGGUAAAUCAUAUUCAUAUCUUGAAUUGCUAAAUCCUUCAAGACAUAUACACCACCCAGUCAAAGUUAAUAUUGUAUAAUGCUCUAGUAGAAAGGUAAAAGCUCUCACAGAUGGUUCAGUAUUUCCAAUAGGCGAUAUACGCAACGUGUAGGCAUAUUUAAAAAAUUGUUGAUGGGUACACAUUAUUUAUUUUACAAUAAAUUAGAAACAUCGCAUUGAGAUUCACUAUUAUUAGACAAAAUGUGCUUCAUUUUUGUUUUAUGCAGCGAAAAAGAGUUUCUGGCACAAGUAUUAAUAUUUUUAAUUGCGAAAAGUUCUUAAUGGGUUGGGGAGAAUUUCAGGUUAGGUUUUUUUAUAUGAAUAUGAGCUCUCGACUGAUUGUCAGUAGGUGCUUAACAUAAGGCAGCAUUCAGUUGUUUUUAUUUCAGAAAACAAAUGAGUAACGAAAAACAAUUGAAAUUUUUUAAAUGGUAGCGCAUCUUUUCAUUAGGCUCAUUUGAUAGAGGUUUUGUCCACUUUUCGAUGAUCGGACAUUUGGAACUAUGUUAGACAGCUAUUCAAGACAUAUCCUCGAAUGUUUAAGUUUUGGCAUACCAUACAUGCGGUUGUCUGGCUUUCCCACCCUGACGACGUGGAGGUCAUCCUGUCGUCAAUGAAGCACAUAUCAAAGAGUAGAAUAUACGAGUCGUUACAGCCUUGGCUUGGAACUGGACUCCUAACAAGCACAGGCACCAAAUGGAAGGAAAGGCGACAAAUUCUGACACCAGCGCUUCACUUUGGCAUUCUGCGAGAAUUUUUAAACAUAUUUAACGAUUAUUCGACAUUACUUGUGCAAAAAUUUGAAGCCGCCUCCAAAGAGCAACCAAUUAAUAUAGUACCUGUUAUUACUGACUUCACGUUGCAUACUAUUUGUGAAACAGCAAUGGGCACCCAGCUAAAAACAAAUGAGGAACAAUCCAAGCAAUAUAUUGAUGCUAUUUAUAGAAUGGGCGAAGUUGUAAUCCAAAGAAUUGCGUGCCCUUGGUUACAAUACGCAAUAACAUUUUUCCUUUCUGGGAACUAUUAUCGACAGGAGAAGCUGUUAAAAAUUAUGCACACUUUUUCUCGUAAAGUCAUUCAAGACAGAAAACGGACCUUUAGCGGGAUCAACGUUAAUCUUAAGUCUAAGAAGCGUUUAGCACUGCUAGAUAUGCUGAUCUCUGCGCAGCUUUCUAGGAAUGACAUAGAUGACGAUGGUAUCAGAGAAGAGGUGGAUACAUUUAUGUUUGAGGGCCAUGAUACGACGACCUCUUGCAUAAGCUUUACAUUAUUAAUGAUCGCCAAUCACGCUGAAGUUCAGGACAAAAUAGUUGAAGAACUGGAUGCUAUAUUUGAUAACUCGGACCGACUAGCAACAGUUGAUGAUCUACAGAGCAUGACCUACCUAGAGAAAGUAAUAAAAGAAACUCUAAGGAUAUGCCCAAGCGUACCUAUAAUAUCAAGGUCGUCAGAGGAAGACAUCGAGUUACCCUCAGGCUACACUAUACCAAAAGGCACCAUUUGUUUUAUGCAUAUUUUUGAAUUACACCGAAAUCCCGAGGUAUUUCCAAAUCCUGAACAAUUCGAUCCUGAAAGGUUUUCAAAUGAGAACAGCAAGCAUCGACAUCCAUUUGCGUACAUCCCCUUUAGUGCAGGACCCAGAAAUUGCAUAGGGCAAAGGUUUGCCUUCUUGGAGGUGAAAGUCAUGGUGUCGUCAAUUUUGAGAAAAUUUCGUCUGGAACCAGUGGAUUCCUUUGACAAACUACCCCUGGUUAUGCAUUUGAUUUUAAAAUCACGUGAUGGGAUUAGAAUAAAAUUUCGAAAAAGAGAUUUAUAAAUGUCUAGUAAUCAAACUCAAUUUCAUUUUUUAGUUUUAUUUACUAAAAUGUCCCAAUACACAUAGGAACUACCACUAAUAAGACCGUAAGUUUAGUUAGUAUUUCAAUUUUUGGUUAUAUUAUGCGACAAUACCUAUUAUGGUAUAAGGAUACUUAGCUGUAAAUG